AUGUUGAGGUGUUCUCCCCGGCCAUUUCAACAGCCCGACGCUUGCUGCGGAUGGUCGUGGGGACACCACUACUGGAAGCUGAGCUCGUCUUGCCAGUACGCGCAACUGCAACCUGAAUGGGUUUGCGAGCACGAAGAUGGUAGCUCACCACAGCCUGAGAUCCUUGGUUGGUUGGUGCACAUUGGCGCUCUGGCACUCGCUGAAGCACUCAAGGUCAACAAGACGCUGACUGACCUGACUCUAGAGAACAACUGCAUUGGCCAAGUUGGCAUUCAAGCGCUUGGUGAGGCACGCAAAGUCAACGGCAUUCUGACUAAGCUUGACAUCCAGGGCCAGAUAAACCCGCUUGCAUUUUCCUUGCUUCCACGACUGGCAACUACUGAAGACUGGCAGAGCGUGUUUCACCUGCUGACAGGCCGACACGAGCUGGAGAAUCAGCCCGCACUUCUCCCUGCACUACCAGCCGAGGUUGCCGAGCUCGUUAUGCACGAAGCGGAGUACUUGCAAGGCGUGCAGCACAUUCACCAAGCGUGGUCUAGGAACAAUCAGAUCGAUUUUCUGAAACUUACAAUGCCUCGAAGCAGCAAUGGAAAUUCCAUCCGAGUGAAAGCGAUUCAAGUCCUUCGUGAACAGUCCGAAGCCAAAUCGGGCCGUUUCGAUCUGAUUGUUCGAGACGAGCUAGGUGCUGUUCGAUACAAAUGGGCUGCAGAAGCGCCUGUCGUCGGUUCGAACAUUCAGCUGGUGACAAUUUCGCCAACAGACCAUCCUGUCAUCCGCCAAAUGCGCGAGGGUUGGGAGGUUGAAGUUCGAUUCGGUCAGUAUUACAGUUUUGUGCGACUUGCGUCGCUCUCUGUCGGGUAUAUCGAACGACAAGAUUAG